CCAACAAAAGAAAAAAAAAACAAAAAAAAAAACUUGGAGCACCUAAAAACUAUCUCGACAAAUUCUACACGAAAGCUUGAUAGAUUGAUCACAAGACAUGAUUUUUAUCACUGUUGCGAACACAAAGCUCACUAUGCUCCCUCAUCACCACCAUCUUAGUGACGUAGCAAACAAAAACAGAGUAUCCAAAUCUGUCAACAAGAUUGCAAACUCGUGGACUCACAAAACCCCAAGAAAAAAGCUUUGGUUAUGGCAGAAAAGCAUUGUCAACUAGAAACUAUCUUUAAUUGAUAGAAACCAAGACUUCCCAGACACAGUUAUUUUAUUCUACUCUGAUACAUACCACUGCAAAGCUAAGGGAUUGUGUGAUUGGUAUAGCGCAGGAAACUUUUUGUGGACCUGGUGCUAAUAGUAGAACAGAGGUUUUUGUUUGGCUGUUUGUGUUGUUUGUCUGCUUCUUGUAUAUAUUUCUUGUGAGAGCCACAAGAGAUGGCUCUGGAGUCUGCUUUCUCCGCGAGUUUCUGCUCCUUCCCUUUCCCAAAAGCAAUCACCAUUGAGAGAGAAACCUUAUCCUUUCGCCGAAUCAUUACCUCGGGAGCCAAGGGAAUUGCAGGUGAGGGUGAAGUUCAAAACUUAAGGAUAAGCACUGAUGUCAAAAGGGUUUUCAAGAAAGAGAAAGCUGAGACCCAAGCUCUCAAUAGUGGCAGAGUAACAUCAAGAAGACUUUCAGGAUCAGUACUGGAAGAUAAGCAGGAGAUCUCAGGACAGAAGAAAGCUAUUUUAGAUAGAAGCAAGGCCGUAGUGAAGCUGAAAUCCUUAGGAAAAGAAGUGAGAGAGGCAGGCUAUGUACCAGAGACAAAGUAUGUUCUUCAUGAUAUUGAUGAAGAAGCUAAAGAGAGAGCAUUGAUGCAUCACAGUGAACGGUUAGCUAUUGCGUUUGGGCUUAUAAACACGCCUCCUGGGACGACGAUAAGAGUGAUGAAGAAUUUGAGGAUAUGCGGAGAUUGCCACAACUUCAUUAAGGUGUUGUCGAGUAUUGAAGGUAGAGAGUUCAUUGUAAGAGAUAACAAGAGGUUUCAUCAUUUUAGAGAUGGUAGUUGCUCUUGUGGAGAUUAUUGGUAGAAAUUUUUUGUAAUAAAACAUUUUCAAACUGAACAAUCAAAUCAACUAAUUUUA